AUGGCUUCCGUCUCCAAGCAAACAGCUGCUGCUCCAGCAUGUCUUCGUACUCCUCCGAAAGCAGAUCUGGCCUGUCGAAGCACUUCUGCAAUCUCUUUGCAAAUCCCGUGGUACAGUCGUCUUGUGGGAUAUGGACCGAGAAGUGAUGUAAUGAAAGCGUCACUCGACCUCAACAUGGCAUCGCAAGAGGACGACACCAAUAGUUGCAGUGACCCGCUGCAUGCCAAUGCCGCUGUCGAAAAGCUUGCGGAGAAGGUCGAUGGCCUUCUAACCGGCGGCUUGCAUGGCGAGUUCUACGAGAGUCGCACCUCGAGCAAGAAUCGGCACCAGCAGCUCUCAGAAAUGUUCGAGCUCAGACAGCUAUUUCAGGAAGUCAAAGCUGGCCAGGAGAAGAUCCUUCGCACUGCUGCAAUCAGAGAAGAGCAAGCCGCAGCAGCUGCUGCAGCCACUACAAAAAGCGGCGGUCUGAGCACCAACAAUAUUGCCGCGAUCGAGGCAGUCGUCCAAAGACUUACGGCGGAUAAGUUCCGCGAUAUGAGUCUACUUUCUCAACGGUUGAAGGAUAGCGAGAAAGAGAACGCCGCUCUGAAGAAGCAGAUUGAAGACCUCGAGUUUCGCUUCAAGACGAGAAACAUCAGUGGUCUCAAGGGCUCCUUUCCAAGCAUGAACCAGCACAACCAGAUGAUGAAUAAGGUUUCAAAGCUGGAGCAUGACAUGGCGCUGUGCGAGGCGCACCGUACUACACCCAAUCCUCUCGAAGCUAGAUGCUCCGACAUGCAAAAUAGCCUCAACUAUGCAUUUACAUGCUUGGAGGAUCUAAUAAAGUUGGACGUGAAAGCCGAGAUGAAAGGUCUGGCGGAUAAGAUUGCAGAGCUGGACUAUCGGGACGAGGCGGUGGUCGCUUCAGAGAAGAUCGAUAAUGAUACUGCACAGGUCAGGACUAGUGUUCUGGGAAGCAUUGACUACGAGGACUCAUUUGCCAAUGAGUGGGACGGGUUACAGUGCGCUGGCUUUUUCUCGAGCAAAGGUAGCGAUAUUGAGGACAGCGACAGCCGCGAGGGAAGCGAGGAUGAAUAUGUUGAUUACGAGGACUGCUCUAUCACCAAGUUGUCAAACAUGUCAUCAGGCACUACUAGCGGCGACAAGGAGACAACAACACCCAAAGCGAUGGAGGAAGUUGAAGAUAUCGCAAGGGCCAAGCUGCAUUCUGCUGUGGCAGACGCCCUCACUGAGUUCACAAGUCGACUUGGCGGUGGUGGAUUUGGCGACCUACGAAUCGAGGGAAGCAAGGCAAACGGCCACGAAGAGCUAUUCAAGCUGAGGGAGCAGCUUCUGAAGAUCCAAGAGGACCAAGCGAGGCAGCUCGCCAUUAACACUCGCCUGGUGGAACUGAAAGAGAACCCACCGCUCCCGACUUCCCAGGGCUCCAGCAAGAUGUCCGUCAAUAGCACCAAAGCUAUGGAGAGCGUCGUUGAGAGAGUCACCGAGAAAAAAUUCCGCGACCUUGCUAUUAAGCUUGAUAGCGCCGUUAGCCGACAAGACAAGGCGGAGACCGAGAACAAGAAGUUGAAAGAUGAGCUCGACGAUCUCAAGAUGAAGCAGAAGAAGGGUACCAGGAACACUGAGAGUGAUUAUAGCGUCAGCCUGGGCCAGCACCGCGACCUCUCCAAAAAGGUGGAAAAGCUUCAGAAGCAAGAGAAUUCCACCAAUGAUCUGCGACAGCAGCAAAAGCAACUGCAGAGUCAGCUUUCUCUGCUCCAAGCCCGCUUCGAAAAUGGAAAGCACGCAUCUUCUGCACUCGAUUUGCUAGAUGUGAGGGAUCAGUUCCAAGACCUGAGGAGAGACAUUAGGCAUUUGGCAGAAGAGCUUCAAGAUCUUCAACAGAAGCUUCAAAAUCUUCAAGAGACGGUCGCGCGGCAACGCCGAAUCUUUUGUUGA